UCCUUGAAGAUCGCGAACAGAGUUGGCCUCUGUCAGACCAGCGCUAUGAAGACGGGAACUAGGCUACACUCACAUCCAACGUUGUAGACCUACCACGGUACAGACCACGCAAACAACGAGACUAACCGGGCUUUUAGAGGAAGACAGGUCCCACCAGGCUCGCGGCGGUGGGGGACCAUGUCCCGGGCCGACUGGUCCUUCCUGGAGCACCUGCUGGAGGAGGGCCAGGAGCACUCGACGCGCGUGGGCCGCGUGUGGCUCACCGUGCUCCUCCUGUUCCGCAUGCUGGUGCUGGGCGUGGCCGCCGAGUCGGCCUGGGACGACGAGCAGUGCAACUUUGUGUGCAACACGGAACAGCCCGGCUGCGAGUCGGUGUGCUACGACCGCGCCUUCCCCAUCUCCCACUUCCGCUACUUCGUGCUGCAGGUCAUCUUCGUCUCCACGCCCACCAUCUUCUACUUCGGCUACCUGGCGGUGCGCACGGCCAAGGGCCAGUCCGAGGAGGAGGAGGAGGAGGAGGAGGAGGAGGAGGACGGGGUGGCGGAGGGGGAGAGGGCGGCGCAACAAGAGGGGCGGGGCCGAAGCGCGGCGGUGGCGUCCUCCGGGGCGAGGGCGGCUAGGAAGGGCAAGGGACUGGAGGUCAUCCUGGAAGAGGGGGACGAGGAAGAGGGCUCGCGAGAGAACGCCGGCAAAGCCGCCAAGGAGGCGUCGGAGUCUCCGAAGCUGAAGGGGAGGCUGCUGGGGGUGUACACCGUCACCAUCUCCGUCACCGUGCUCCUGGAGGCGGGCUUCAUUGCCGGCCUGUGGGUGCUGUACGACGGCUUCGUGAUCGCCGCGCGCUACGAGUGCGUGGGGCUGCCCUGCCCCCACACGGUGGACUGCUUCGUGUCGCGGCCCACCGAGAAGACCAUCUUCACCAUCUACACGCAGGCCAUCGCCGGCCUCUCCCUGCUGCUGAACCUGCUGGAGCUCCUCCACCUGCUCCAGCUGGCCGUCUCCCAGCGACUGGAGAAGCGCUACCGCCGCGGCGCCACCUCGCUGCCGUCGCCGCGGUGGCGGCGGCGGCAACCGGGGGGAGACCACACCCCGAGCCCACUUCCGGCGCAAGAAGCCCCUUCGUACUGCCCCGCCGUCCCCGGAGAGGGCUACCCCGAGCCCCCCGGGAGCUACGUGGUGGUGGACACCCUGAGGUCCGAGGUGAACUGGGGGGCCGGCGGGGGAGCGGGGGACGGCGAGGGCGACAUCCCGCCCAGCUACCUGAACUGCUUGGGCGGGAUGCGCAGCACACAUUCCCCCAGGGCCCACGUGAAGAAGCACGUCCACGGCAACGGGAAACACAGAAAAGACAACCACAAAGUCCACGCCAAGCUGAAACACUAUGUAUGAUGCUAGUAUCUCCAUCUGGAGGCCAAUUAACCAUGAACAUCUUUUUUUAUACCUCAUAUAUAUAUAUAUAUAUAGAGAGAGAGAGAUAUUAACACAUCUGUGAGUGUGAUGUGGUGAAAAAGGAGAAAGAAUUCUCUGUUCAGUGACCCCUUCGGCUUUGUUCACACACACACACACACACACACACUCACACACACACACACACACACACACACACACACACCCACACCCACACACACACACACACACUGCGCCGACGUCAAAUGUUUAAAACAAACAGAAGAGCUGUGUCACAGAGAAAGCCCCCCCCACCCCCUCCCCUCCAGCGCCCAGAACAUUCAGAGACUUUAAAGCAGAGCCUUUAACAGAUAAAUGGAGCAGUUAGAAAAAAAAAAAACAUUUUGAAAAUGCUUCCCCUGGAGGCGAGGAGGACGGCGGGAGGACGGCGGGAGGGGGCGGGGUUGGGGGCGGGGGGGGGGGAACUGAUGCUUGGCGAAGAAUAUGAGCAUGAGAGGAGAUCGCAGUCAUGAGAUAGCUUAAAAUAAAAGGGGUGUGGGGCUGCGGGGUUGGAGGGGCCAGGGGGGCACAUGUGAUAGAGGGAAGUAGGCCGAAUGAUGGCGCUUUUAUAACGGGUUCCACUGAGGCCUCUGAUCGAGUCAGUCCCUUGCAGCACCCUCUCAGGGAGUCCGUAACCGUAAACUGAGAGAAACAUUGCAUCGGGUUGGAUCAUGCCCAGGAAAACGGUCUCUGGUCUUUAUGGUCCUAACAGUCAUUCCUCCUCCCCUUUACUCUACGCACAUGGCUGUACUCCACUGGGACAACUGGACUGAGGUGGAAUGUGCCGGACUCUGGGACCAACUCUAUUCCCCGAGGGGGUGGUGACGCGCACAUAUACCAUCCACGCAAAAUACACACAUACACACCCACACACAGAUAGGGGCAAAAUACACACACAUACAAUAACAAACACAUAUACAGACAAACACACACAGGCCAACGCAAACACACACAUUCACAUUAAUAUACAAACACACACACGCACAAAGUGUUGCUCAUAUUGUAGCUAGAUGUAGAACUGAGACCUGGCAAUCAUAUUGUACUGUGGUGGUAAGGGAAAAACAGGAAAAAAAUAUUAUGCUGUAAACUAGGGAAGAAUGGGAGGUUCACAGGAAGGUAUGGACUUUGUUUAAAAUGAGGUUGUGAUGAAGGUAUACGCUGCCAUGUAAUUACCAUUGUAUUGUUCAAUUCGGUACAGGCUUCGCAGUACAUUGAAAAAUAGUGUUCAAAUAGUGGAAGGUAAUAUAUUGAUGUGAAAAGGUUAUUCAAUAAUAUUAAUUAAAUGCUAUGGAAAGAACGACUACUGUUUUGUUUAUAGUCAAUUAAGCUCUGGGUGUAAAAAUUACCAUUUUUUUUUAAUUUUUACCGUUAGUAUCGAGUAAUCCAAUGCUAUUAUAGAAUCUGAUUUCAUGUAUUUUCUUAUCAGUACGUGUUAAAACAACACCUGAUAUUUGAUAAAGUCCUCUCUUUGGUAUGCUGCGCGGAUUGCACUCCAUAAGAGUAUACCGUGUGUAUAUAUAUACAUAUAUAUAUAUAUAUACACGAUAUUGUGUGACGUUUUUAUGACCACGCUUUUUGGGAUAUUGUGUUGUUUGUUUGAUUGCUUGCAGUCAGACACUAUCCAUAAUAUUUUACCUUGCGCAGACUUUAUACUUCCUGCUAUGCUGUCACCAUGCUGAAGACUGGGAUCACGGUAAGGACCUUUGGAAGCGAUACACCACAUUAUUACAGCAGGAAGGCUGGCUGAGCCAUCCAGCAUUAAAGCCAGCUGGCAGAAAAACAAAACCGAACAAAACAACUCACGUUGAUUUAAUGUUUGUUGUUUUUACUUUUCAUUUUAAAAACAGCAGCAGCAGCUCUGGAUGCAGCCAAACAAAACAGCAUCAUUUAUAUGCCAGUGUAAAUGAGUACAACUGGGAGCACUUCCUCACUCUGUCUGUUGUUUAGAAGUCCCAGGACACCCACUCCAUUAUGCUACUCAGGUGAUAAAAUCCUCUCUGCCUUC